CUCACAGACUCAGACGAGUAUUUGAUCCUCGACUGGAGAUCUUGCUCUCAGAAACCCUUCAACCUUCCACCCUGAUCCUUCCAUUAUUCGAAUCUCCAAUAUAAACAUAUAUAAAAAGCAAGUGCUAUAAUAUCACAAUUUUUAGUAGUGCACACAAAAAUAUUAUACAGACGGGAAAAUUGAGACUUCUUUUCAUUUUCUCUUGUGAUCAAAUCUGUCGGGUUGAAGUAGCAGGUGAAGCAGUUAAGAAAAAGAAAGAUUAUAAAUCGAUAUUAAAAAUGCAGACAAGAUUUAACCAGGGAAGCGUCGGGUCGUUGGGGGUGAUGGCGAUGAUCUCAUUUUUGGUGGUGGCUUGGGGUCCAGGAUUGUCCGAGCAGAAUCAUUACUGCUCAAUUAGUAAGGAUCACACCCUGUGCAAAUUCCAGGGAGUCGGUCCUCGCUGCAAACAACCGAUGGAACUUGGAAUAUCGUCUCGAGAACGGCAAGAAAUCAUGAGCAUGCACAACUCUCUCCGACUCAUGGUAGCUACAGGGGCAGAACGUCGUGGUCGUGGAGGGGCCCAGCCCAUGGCGUCAAAUAUGAGACAAAUGGAAUGGGACGACGAAUUAGCCCUGUCAGCCCAACGUCUCGCAGAACAAUGCAAGUAUAACCAUGAUUGUUUGAAUUGUCGUAAAGUUGAUCGUUUCCUAACGGGACAGAAUUUGUAUCAAUUCUCUGAAAAUAUCGAGAGGUCCGGAUCCAACUGGGAGCAGGCGAUUAUGGCGUGGUACGAUGAAGUUGCAGAUUGGAGUCCACGACACAUUGACCAUUUCGAAUUUAUCAAACCACUCGGUCACUACACGCAAAUGCUGUGGGCUGACACAUACAAAAUGGGAUGUGGAUAUGUCUACUACAAGGAUGGGAAGUGGAACCGUAAACUGUACGUUUGCAAUUAUGGUCCAGCCGGAAAUAUUAUCACCACGCAGAUGUACAAAAGGGGAGCCCCAUGUUCUGAAUGUCCGGAAGGAACGUCCUGCUCAAACUCGUACCCAGGAUUGUGCUCAGGCGGUGGUGGCGGAGGUGGUCGACCAUUCUAUCAACCUGCUCCAGCCCCAGCGGCUCCAGUGAUGCCACGACCAACGACGACGCCACGACCCACGACGACCAGAAGACCCACAACCACAACCACCACAACGACGACGACGACUACGACAACGCCAAGAACCACAACGACAAGGCGACCAACAACUCACCGAACUUUCCCAACCACCCAGAGAACCUAUCCCACCACGACGCAGCACACUUUCCCCCCAACGACCCAGCCAACCUUCCGAACAACGCGUCGACCUUACUCCACCACUCAGAGGACCACGGCUUAUCGAACCUUCCCCACGACAAACCAUCCAAAUAAAAUCAUCUUCAACGAACUAGAAUCAAACGAGCUCGGAUCUGACACCUUUUCUCAUCACCAAACCCAUCAACCCGUCACCCACCAAACCUCGGCUCCUUACACAAAUCGGUUCGGAACGACGAAGAACAAGAACACAAACAACCGUUUCAAUCAGUUCCAAAAGCAAAAUACGAACAGUUUCCAGUACACGUCGACCCCCGCAACGACGACGACAUACCAAACCACGCCAAGAAUUACAUUCAGCCGUUUCAUUAGUACAACACCACCCAAGAAAUUGUUGACAAGUUCAUCAGCUCCCUCGUACAAUAAUAAUAAUCACUUUAAUUUCAAUACCCAUCAAUAUCAACGCACUUCCACAACUUCGAAGCCCACGACAUCGCUCACGACCAGGAAGCCGUUCACUUUCUCGCCUCGCGUCUAUCCAUCGGAAGAAGGGAAGCGAAACAGAAUCAAGAACAGUAUCGACUCUUUCCCCACGCGAAGACCAGUCCAAAAUCUGAACCAAAAUAAAAACCGAUUUGACCAAGGGCAGAAAAAUAGCAAUAAGAAACCCGAAUCAAAACUGGUUCGUCUUCCGGAAAUUACGGCAGCGUUGUCGGUGGAAGAUUCCAACUCGAUUUUGCUUUUCUGUGAUUUUGAUCAUGCCAAAUGUCCGGUGAGAUCGAUGGGUAUUGAGGGAUGGAAUUAUACUGCGUACGAGACCCCAGGAUAUGGACAUGGAUUCGCAAGCAUUGUGAGACCAGGGGCUGAUUCAUCUCUGCAAAUUAGGUCCGACAUUUUCCCCACGAAUAGAGACGGCUUGAUCUGUGUUCAUUUCCGGUUUGUCUUUUACCUCUUUGGAACUGAUGGAGGUUACCAAAAAUCCUCAGGAGUUGACCCUUCAUCCCAUCGUCCCGUGUCCUUCACGGUCAAUGCGACACCAACGAGUACUUCCGAAUCUGAAAAUAGUAACACCCGGGUAGAAUUUAGCGACAAAAGUAAAUCAGCGUAUGACUGGUUAACGGGGCGAAUUCAGUUUAAAGAUUUGCACUCACAAUUCCUCCUCAGCUUCCAAGUUGAUAAAAAUGGGCUGGGUGUGGAUAACGAGUAUCUGGCUUUGGAUGACAUUCUUAUCACGCAGGGCUUGUGUCACACAUAGAGAAUGUUUUUGAAAAAAAAAUCAUUUUUUUUUAAAUGGUGUAAAAUUUUAGUGUCAAUUUAUUUUUGACAAAUUGAAAUUAAUUAUGUAAAUGAGAAAUAGCAGUAAUUCUUCAAAGUCAUUUUCUCAUCAGCAUCAGAACGAAUGCAUAAAUAAACAAAUUUUUGCGCCCGUCAUUGUUUCCUGCUUUGUUAUGUAAUGUAAUAAUGUUUGUUGUUAACUUCUACCCGGCGGUGAUGAGCAGUUUUGUCACCUUUUAUUGUAAUUUAGAUUUAAUUGAGAUCUCUGAAAGUUGUACUGCUAAUUAAAUAAUUAAUUAAUUUAGAAUAUAGAAAAUUCACAAUUUCAUUUCAUGAUGUAAAAUGAAAUGAAAUCAUGACUUUGAUUACUCGAGUACCUUGUUUGUAGUAAGUAAAUAAGUAUGUGAAGCACACACACUCAUAAUUUUAAAAGAUAUUCACUUUAUAUGAGAAAUAAUUGAUUGUUACAAAAAAGAGAUAAAAAAUGUGAGAAAGAUUUUUGUUUAUGGAUGGUGCGUAAUAAAGUAAAAUAUUAUGUAAAGAACA